GUUUUGGCUGCAUCGAUCAGUAUGUGAUUUCACGAAAUCUGUCGAAAUUAGAAAUUUGAUCAGAGAAUUGGAAGUUGGCAGUUUCUAGUAGUGAAUUCUGUGAUCAGGUGAUAGGUUAAAGACUUUUGGAGCUUUGAUAUGUUUUUUUCUUUGUUGCUUAAAAACAUAUCCUGCCAACUUCUGCGCGCACCUAGCUCGAUUAAUAACUAAUGGCGUCCAUCACAAAGGAGUUUGAACAUCUUAGAAUCCCACUUGAAAAAAUAAAAGAAGCCACCAAUAGUUUUCGUAACACACCUAUUGGAUCUGGUGGAUUUGGUGCUGUCUAUAAAGGGGAGAUGUUACUUUUUAAUAGGAGAAUAGUUGUUGCAAUUAAACAUCUAAAUCGCCAUUUUGGACAAGGAAACCCUGAAUUCUUAAAAGAGAUACAGACGCUUUCUCGGUACAAGCAUCAAAAUCUCAUUCUUCUCUUGGGAUUUUGUGACGAGGAAGGCCAUAAGGUCCUUGUAUACGAAUAUGCACCUAUGGAAAGCCUUGAUAGGCACUUAUGUGAUCCCAGUCUCACCUGGACACAACGUAUCAAGAUAUGCGUGGGGGCUGCAAAGGGUCUAUGUUACCUUCAUGAUCCUAGAGAUACAAACCAAAGAGUUCUCCAUUGUGAUGUAAAAAGUGCCAAUAUUCUACUUGAUGAGAAUAUGACUGCUAAAGUUGCUGACUUUGGGUUGUCAAAAAUACGCCCUGCGAAUCAGGGUGACUCGGUUUCUGUCACCAACGCAGUAGGUACUCCAGGCUACGUUGAUCCACAGUUUAUGGAAAACACCCUAACCAAAGAAUCAGACGUAUACUCUUUCGGCGUAGUCUUAUCUGAAGUUCUUUGCGGGAGAUUAUGCUAUGAUGUACAUGGCAAGUUACUUAUUGGCAUGUGGAAACAAAAAUACAUGGAGAAGAAGUUAGAUGAGAUUAUGUUCCAAGAGCUCAAGACACAAAUGCAUCCGAAGGCAUUAGAAAUAUUUUCAGAUGUUGCAUUUCAAUGUCUGCGUGAUACUCGUGAAGGAAGGCCAGCGAUGUCUAUUGUUGCUGAAAAGUUAGAGAAAGCACUUGGAUUCCAAGAGAUUUACGAUAUAAAACUGCCAGAGGGGUACAUGGAGGUGUACAGGGCGAUCCUUCUUGACGCCGAUCCUCCUCUAAACUUUACAUCUGAAGAAGAACUGAAGGAGCAUCUAGUCAACGGGACCCUCCUUAAUGGUGGUAAAACGUGGUUUUCGAUAAAUUUGAAAGGAGAGCAUUGUGAAUUGAUAUCUAUAGCUGAAUGUUUGACUCGGAUUGCAAGUGAAUCUAUAUAUGCGGAUGAAGUACAUAAAUCAAGAUUUGCAGUUGGAUGUUAUAAACCAAAUGUACAAAGCGAUGGAUUGAAGGUUCAAGAAUUCAGAGCACAUGUAAAAACUGGGUUCUUGUCACCACGGGUCACAUACACUGUGAACCUUGUGCUGAAAAAAAUGGAUCGAGGUGAUGAAAGAUACAUAGGCCUUAAUUACAAGUUAGGAGGGGAAAUAUCUUAUGCAUUUCUUUUCGACGACAGACAAGAUGGAUGGUCGUUUGUUGAAUUGUUUCAGUUUACCAGCGAAAAGAGAGAUCAUGAUCUUAAAAUUGUUUUUCACAUCGAGAACUGUCCAUAUAUUCUAGUAGAAGGCAUCGAAUUUCGACCCCUGGAGAAAGUGGAGCAUGAGGUGUUGUUAAAUAGUGAGAGGGAGGAUUUGCAGCCCAUUACAGAUGAUUCAGAGACAUUUUCGGAGCAAAUAUUGUCGAAUGAUUACAAGGACAUACUCGAGAAGUCAACACAUGGUGUGCGAAAAAAUGCAACGAAGAAGGAAAUCUACUCUAUUCUUCGCAAAGGGUUCCUAAUCAACGAUGGCCAAGUGUGGUUUUCUCUUGCCAAAGAUGGGAUGAAAUGUCUUAUGCUAUCAGCAAGAGCCACUUUGGAAGGCAACUACUGGAGCUGGAAGUCUCUACCCAAAACAAGAUUUGAAGUGGCUCAGGCUCAAGAUCCUUAUAAAAGAUUUGAGAUAUUCUAUGAAAUUGAAUCCAGUUUACUGUCCCCUCAAACGACAUACGCAGCUUACCUUGUCUACAAACAAGAAGCAGACAAGAACAUAGCUCAGCCUCCUCCUGCACAUGUCAAAGAUAGCAAUUCCCGUUCAAUAUGCGUUAUCUUUUUUAGUCCUCCUCUGACCCCAGUUAUUAUUAACGGAAGGGUUAAUCAUACUCACUGGCCAAUGAAUAGACCCAUAAUAAAAGGCCUUCCACAACAGAGGAGCGAUGGUUGGAUGGAAGUACAAAUAUGGGAGUUCUGUAAUACUACUACCAAAUGGAUUAUGAUGGAUCUUGAUUUGUCUAAUUAUGACAAGACGUUUAAAGGGCUUGAAGUGCAAGGCAUUGAACUUAGACCCAAAUAGAUUCUCUUGUCGACAAUGGGUCAUGAAUGAAACGUUUAAAGGGAUUGAAGUGCAGGGCAAUGAACUUUAACCGAAAUAAGUUUGCUUCAAUUCUAUAUACUUUUGUAAUGAACUACAUUAUUUACCAGGUUUUAUUUAAAGAUUGUAACUCUAUUUGUAAUUUCACAUUUUAAUAAGUCAAAUAAAUGAUUUGUGUUAAUGUCA